GUCCUUAGCGCGUAGCGGCGGAGUUUUCAGUGCUGUUCGGAGUCAGUGUUCACCCGGAGGAGUGUUUACUCUCAGUGUGAGAGAGUCUGUGUGUGUGUGAAGUUAAUAAUAAUGGAAAUGUCUGAAGGAGAAGAGCGCGCGGACGCGCUGUUAGCCGCAGGACCGACACACAAACACAAAAACAGCGCGAGACCCGGCGCGAGCAGCAAAACCAAGAUCAUAGCCGGGAUUCUUCUGCUCUCCUUACUGGCUAUAAUUCUAGCAGUCGUCUUGACCUUAAAAUUACACUGUGAUGUGAAAGUGAACAGCUGUAAGAGUAGAUGUCUGUCAGGAAAGAGGACCAUCGAUGCUACGUGCCACUGUGAUCCAGCAUGUGUGAAUGAAAGCAACUGCUGUCUGGACUAUGAAGAAAUUUGUGUGGAGCCAAGUCAGCGCUGGACAUGUUCCAUAUACCGCUGUGGCGAGGACAGACUACCCAAUAGCCUUUGUUCCUGUGCUGCAGACUGCAGUCAGAAAGGCGAUUGCUGUGCAAAUUACAACAACGUGUGUGAAGGAGAAAAGUCAUGGCUUGAAGAGGAUUGUGAGGAUAUCAAGACACCUCAGUGUCCUGCAGGCUUCUCCAAGCCGCCAUUAAUCCUGAUCUCUUUGGAUGGCUUCAGAGCGGGUUACCUGAAAUCCUAUGCCAGCCUUCUUCCAUCCAUCAGCAAAUUAAAAAAAUGUGGAACCUCUCCAGAGUAUAUGCGCCCUGCCUAUCCUACAAAGACCUUCCCCAAUCAUUACACCAUAGUAACAGGUCUGUAUCCAGAGACACAUGGAAUUGUGGACAAUAAGAUGUAUGACGUCAUCCACAAUGCCUCCUUCAGUUUGAAAUCAGAUGAGAAGUUCAACUCUUUUUGGUACCUGGGUGAACCAGUCUGGAUUACAGCCAUGAAGAACAAUCUGAAAGCGGGGACGUUUUUCUGGCCCGGAUCAGAUGUAGAUAUUCAGGGGCAAUUCCCUGAUUUCUAUCAAAAAUAUGAUAUGAGAAUCCCAUUUGAGAAGAGGGUUAAGGCGGUUUUUGAUUGGUUGAAUUUGCCUCAACAUAAAAGGCCAGACUUUUACACCUUAUACAUGGACGAGCCUGACAGCUCUGGUCAUAGAUACGGACCAAUGAGCAGCCAGGUGAUUGAAGCUCUAAUUAAAGUUGACCGGAUUAUCAGCUUGGUAAUGGAAGGUCUAAAGCAGAGAAAACUUCACAACUGCGUGAACCUGAUUCUUCUCUCAGAUCAUGGAAUGGAAGAAGCCUCAUGUAAAAAAGCUGCUUAUGUGUCGACAUAUCAGAAAAACAUAGACGAUUUUAUAGUCAUCCAGGGCCCUGCUGCACGCAUUCGACCCAAACAGAUUCCAGAAGACUUCUUCACGUUCAAUUAUGAAGGCGUGGUGAAGAAUUUGUCGUGCAGGGCUCCGGAUCAGCCGAUGAAGCCCUAUCUGAAGGAGCAUCUUCCUAAACGACUCCACUUUGCCAACAGUGUCCGCAUAGAGAGAGCGCAUCUCUACAUGAAGGCUCAGUGGCAGGCAGCCCUCCAACCAAAUCAAAUCAAGUACUGCAACGGUGGGUUUCACGGUUCGGAUAAUGCUUUCAGAAAUAUGCAGGCCAUUUUUAUAGGAUAUGGGCCAGGAAUGAAGUACAACACCACCGUGGCUCCCUUUGAAAACAUAGAAGUGUAUAACCUCAUGUGUGAUCUGCUGGGUGUUCAGCCUGCCCCAAACAAUGGCACCCAUGGGAGUCUCAACCAUCUCCUGAGGAUUCCUACCUACCAGCCAGUCUACCCUGCUGAGAUCUCUCCAGCCUCCAGCUGCUCCGCCCCGACUCUCUCUCCCACUGACCAACAAGGCUGUGUCUGCAGCUCCAUCACUCCUGACCAGGUGAAACUUCUCAACCAGCGGCUCACCACUUCUAAUGCCAAUUUGACCAUUAAACGUCUGCACCUGACAUACGGGAUUCCUCGAGUUAUACAGGAGAAGGCAGACUACUGCGUACUGCAUCAGACUUCCUACAUCAGUGGAUACAGCAAAGACAUUCUCAUGCCUCUCUGGGUCUCAUACUCACUGGAGCCACUGGCCAGUGUGCAGCCCCUCACUUCUUCACAGGAAGAGUGUGUUCGUGUUGAUGUGCGGGUUCCAGCCAGUGCAAGUCAGUCCUGCUCCUCCUACAAGAAUAACCCCACCCUGACCUACGGAUUUCUCCAUCCUCCCAAUUUGAGCUCAAAUGGAACAGAGUAUGACUCCCUGAUCACGAGUAACAUGGCGCCAAUGUUUCCCAUUUUUAAAGGCAUUUGGGAUUAUUUUCACAAUGUCCUACUGGUGAAGUAUUCACAAGAGCGGAACGGUCUGAAUGUCAUGACUGGACCGAUAUUCGAUAAAGACUAUAAUGGAAAUUAUGAUAUCAUGGCUGGGAAGACACUCAGUACUGAAGCUCCAACGCCCACACAUUUCUAUGUAAUUCUAACAAGCUGUAAGAACGCCUCAGUGGCUCUACAACAGUGUGAUGGUCCACUUGAUGUUUUAUCUUUAAUUCUACCCCACCGAGCGGACAACCUAGAGACCUGUCACAAAGGAAAUGACUACUCAUGGGUUGAAGAGUGGACUCAACAUCAUGUGGCCCGAGUUCGAGAUAUCGAACUUCUGACUGGCCUGAGUUUUUAUCAUGAUCGGCUGUCUGUUACAGAAACAUUACAGCUCAAGACUUUCCUACCAACAUUUUAGCAUUUCAUUUUUAAUUCCUAAAGAACUGACAAGGAUGAGGUGACCUUCAGAUUGGAUGAAUCACCCUCCUCUAGACGGAGCAGCACAAGAAACCUCUAUUAAGGUCUUAACAAAUAGUAAACCAAUCAGUCAUAAUAUUAGAACCACUGACCAGUACAUUCUGAGACACACGUGAGAAACUCUCGUUAAUUUUGAAGACUACUUUUUAAAGGCUAGAUGACUGGGUUAGAAUCUCCAAAACAUCAGGCAGGUCUUCUGAGGCAUUCCUGGUAUGCAGUGUCUAGUACCUACCAAAAGUGCUCCUCUAAAGGACCAACAAUCAGUAGCACUAAAGCUCAGGCAUAUGAUCCAUGGUUGUUCCACACACCUGAAAACUUAAAGGGCUUAAAGAAGAUCUGCUGAUAAUAUCUUUGGUCAAUCUUCAGAGUUCUUGUGGAGCCUUCAGUACCUCAAUGGUUCAGAGCUGUUUUGGCAGCUUGAGGGGAACCUACGCAAGACUAAGUAGGUGGUUUUAAUUUUAUGUCUGAUUAGUGUAAAUCCAACCAAAAAGCCUAAUCAACCAAAAAUAUAAUAAGUAAAAGUAAUAUAAUAUUAAGAGGAAGCGAAAAGUGAUUUUUUUCAGCUUUGUUGAAAAGCUCAGGGGACUGUGGUAAAAUAAAGGAAUUUGCAAAGCCAUAUUAUUAACUUAUGCUUAAGAUGAAGAUAUAAAAUAAUAAUAAAUAUAAAAUAAAACUCUAUGCAACUAAAGAGUGAAACAUUUGUGUUAAACGCUAGCAACAGUUAUGUGACCUGAAUCUGCACCACAUUCAGUAUAUACUAGUAGCUCACAUACUGUACCACUUGGAAUGAUGGUGCAGUAGUGGGCCAGAUGCAGUUGCUUGAAAAUAAAUAAACAAGAAUGUAAUUAUUAUUAAACAAUAUUAUCAUUAUUAUUAUUUUUAAUAACGGUUAUGCCAAAUGGUACAGUUUAAUACGCAGUAUCCAGUGGCUUGCAAAGUAUUCAUGCUCCUUGAACUUUUUCACAUUGUAACAUUACAACCACAAAAUUAAAUGUAUUUUAUUGAGCCUUUAAGUAAUAGAUCAACACAAACAUUAACAUUAAAACAUAUCCCAAGCUUUGAGCAUCCCAAGGAGCACUGUUCAAUCCAUAAUUCAAUCAAGCAAGACAAUGAACCUAAACAUGGUUUAAAUAAAAGAAUACUCUUCUUUUAGAAUGGCCCAGACAGAGUUUUGACCUAAAUCUCUUUGAGAAGUUGUGGCAAAGACCUAAAGAUUGCUGUUCACAAAUGCUCUCCAUAAUUGUAUUAUCAUGUAUUUAUAUUAUUUCAUUUCAAAAUGACUUUACUUACUACGUUGUGUUAGUCUAGCGCUUAGAAUCUCUAUAAAAUACAUUUAAGUUUGUGGUUGUGAGGUGACAAAACGUGAAAAAGUUUAAGGAGUAUCAAUACUUCUGCAAACAAUGGUAUAUACACAUAUAUGUAAGCUCCAGUCAGAAUAUCUAUGGUAUAGAAAUAUUUAUAGUUCUAUAAUUACAGACUGUAGUCGUGUAUCUUUUUCUUUGCAUCCUGUAAUUACCUCCUCUACCCUGUUCUUCAAUGAUCAGGACCCCACAGGACCACCAUUGAGCAGCUAUUACAGACUUCAGACAUCACAGACAAGAGUGAACCCAGGUCCGAGGGUACCUCCCUGAAAUUUAUUUUUGAUCACACACAGCAGUGCUGCUGAAGGUUUUAAACACUGUGACACUUACUGUUUACUCUAUUAGACACUCCUACCUAUAGCUGCUCCAACUUGUAGAUGUAAAGACAGAUCUUCAGGAUCUGUUGCUGCUUAUCCUUUUUCAGCAGUGACCGGACAUUUUUGGCUGGAUAUUUUUUGGUUGGUGGACUAGUUUAAUUCUUAUUUGAAAGAAUAUCAGAAAAUAUGCAAAAAUAUAUGCAUAAACUGUAUUCAGAUUUAAAUAAAAGGAAUAAGAACAGUAAUGGCCUCUGCAUCUGGCCCCCAAAAACCCAUUUCUCUGCCAUCAUUCCAAGUAAUAAGUGUGUGACAUGUUUACAUCUUUGCAGAAAUGACAGUUGUUUCCAUCUGUCAUUUAUAAGCUAUGCAAAAAAAAAACAAAGGUGUACAAUAAAAUAGAUUCUGUUUUCUGGUUCGUUUUCAUUAUGAAACCCAGGAUAGUGUUAUUGUGUAUUCAUGUGUGUAUGGAUUCUUGUCUUAUGUUAUGAAUUCUAUAUUAUUGAACUCAAAUGAUAAUAAACAUGUUUAUUUGUAGUGUG